CUGUCGGCAGAGGAUGAGAAGAUAUUCACCACAUUCUACAUGAAGAUGAAUGGACAGUUCACAAAUGUGCAGUACAACACCCUCAACUUCACCUAUCCUGAUGUCUUCUAUGAUCUCCCCUAUAUUGAACGAUGCAUUCAACAUGUCUCUGGAAUGAAGCCCAUCACUUAUGAUUGCUGCAUCAAUUCCUGUGUGGCAUACAUAGGUGCCCUUGCCAAACUCAAGUGUUGUCCACACUGCAGUGAACCGAGGUUCAAGAUGAAUGGCAAGCCUGCACAGCCAUAUCAUUAUCUACUGAUCAUUCCUCAGCUUCAAGCUCAAUAUGCUAAUGUG